GCGCACGUUUUAGUUAUAUUUAAGCUUGAUAAUUUAUAUUAUUUUUUUGGGUUUUCUUUGCUUUGUUCCUCUAUGUACGGUUUCUUUAUAGAUUAGAUUUUAAUUAAAAUUGAAUUAUUUAAAAAUGGCCAAAAGUAUAAGAAGCAAAUGGAGAAGAAAAAUGCGCGCUGUUAAAAGAGAAAAAAAUGAAAAGAGAGUUCUCACGAAACUUAAAGAAACUUUGCAAAGUGGAAAAAUUGUUGUUACUGAAAAAAUGGUAAAACUUGCUAAAAUUGAGGAAAUGCAAAAAGCACGACUUGCUGAAAAAGAAGCAGAGGAUAAAAUGGACAAUAUUGAAGAAACUGAAACCGGGGGAAUGGAUGUUGAUAAAAAAAGAGAUAAAAAUUCACUUCUAGAUGAACAUGGACAGUACCCAGUCUGGGUAAAUCCCAGACAAGCAAAAAAAAUGCGUGAAGUUAGAAAAGCAAAGAAGAAGAGCAAACCAGUUAAACGGAUGGGAAAAAGUAGAAAGUUGUUAUGGUAGAAGUUGGUUUAGUGUCGCAGUUGUCUUAUUUCCGUGUUUGUAAAAUGAGUUCAUUGGAAAAAAAACAACAUUUUAAAUGUGUAAUUCCCACAGUAAAUCUAUCAUUAUAAAUUCAACUCUCAACUUCAUAACUUUAGGCCAAUUUGUGUUAAGCUACAAAUGUGAAAUAUUGUCAACAGAAACUGCAAUAGAAUAUUAAAUAAUCAAAUUUCAAUAUGUUUUUUUUUGUCGAACAG